GUUCUACAUCCAAAUCCUGGGCAUUGACUUUUAUUAUGUUGACAGUAUCGGAUGGUGGCAGAGCCAAUUUUACUUGUAUCUCAGCCCAACAGCCUGGGUUGAAGGAUGAAGAAGAUCCUCCUCGUAACAAACUAGAGGAAAUUGUACGGAACAAAUAUUUAGAGGUUGCCCAGAUGAAGGAGAACAAUUCAAUAUUUUCACUAAAGAAAGCUCUCGACAGUGCUCCUCCUUCCAGAGACUUUAGAGGAGCUCUUAAGGUCUCAUAUAUACGAACAGGAUCACCUGGUUUAAUUGCURAAGUGAAAAAGGCUUCACCUUGUAGAGGAGUUUUAAGGGAAGAUUUUCAUGCUCGGUAGUUCUGGAAGAUGGAAAGCAGCUCCGUGUGAAGUUUAGGAAGUUUGUGCAAAGCUACAAUGACGAGGUCUUCUCUAUGGCUAGUUUCUCGGACGAAUCUGAAAUACAGGAAUGUCUCCGUAGAUUUUUUUGUGUGUCCGAGCUGAUCUAGGAGAAUGAGUGCUCCAGAGUGAUAGCAGGCUUGAUGGUCUGUGCUACGUGUAAAUGCGAUGGAUCAGUUCGAUUCUUUGAUGCCAUUGCUGCUGCUGUAUGUAUCUUAUCUUAA